AUGCAGCGCGAACGAUUGACCGUCGCGUUCCCGGAGUACUUUCGGUGCCACAUCACUACCAAGGUAGGUAAACCCUUGGGCAAGAGUAGAACGAGCGUUGGUAAGCCGACCGAGCUCACCGUGGCCAGCGAUACUACGUGUGGUGUUGCUUCUGCCCUGGGUGUCAACAGCGUUUCGACUACCAUCACCGACUACCAUGCUGACGCGUCGAACGCGAGGCUUCUGUGGGACCCAGAAGGUCCAAAUGAAGUUUAUGUAAAGGUUGCGGCCAACACAACGAAAGACAAGUACGUCAAACUCACACUGCUAAACUACAACAAUGUGGUACGGCAAGUUUGGGACAACGCAAGCAAGAUCCGCAAUGCCCAAGCAUCGCUCACAUUGUUGCUGUUCAUUUACGUCGAAAAGGAUACCAGCACCGCGAUUAGGCGAGCAACUUCUAACAACCUCGUGACUGCGGCGACCCGCGUUGCCGAAUACAUUGAAGACCAGAGCCUUCUUCUUGGCCCUCUCCAAAUCGACUAUGCAACCGUUGUGAGAGCAAUAUUGCCGCCGACCGCCCCCGUUGAAAUUCCCUCAAAUUCUACAAUUCGGCAACUCGAUCAUAUUGAUGUCGACGAACGCCGGCGCGAAAUCAAUGCGCGGAAACGUACCGUAGGGUUCGAGUUCGGCUUGGCACGAUGGCCAGUACCCCAGUGGAUUGUUUUCUGUCCGUUGAGGAUCUCCGCAGCAUUCUAG